CCUCCCUACUACUGUUGCUCCAUUUGGAAAUUGUGCUGCUUAAAUACAAAAUCCUGAGUCUCGUUUCCAUCCCCUCCCACUCUGAACUGCAAGAGGAAAUCCAAGACCGCUUGGGGAAAUCCCACCCAAAAAUAUAAAGUAACCGCUUCUGAAAGUUUUUCUUUUUUCUCCCUUCCAAGAUGAUACGAAGCCCCAUCAUGAGGUUGUAAAGCAAAAUCCCAGGAAGGUUGCGUUCCCUCGUCCUACUUUUCUUAAAGAUUCAUGGCUUUUGCUUCUUCUUCGUCUGCCGUGCUGCCUUUUUGAAUCAAAGGUAUGUAUAAAAACCAGCUACAAGAGCUAGCACAGAGGAGCUGCUUCAAUCUCCCCUCCUAUGCUUGCAUAAGGGAAGGACCAGACCAUGCACCAAGGUUCAAAGCUUCAGUUAACUUCAAUGGUGAGAUCUUUGAGGGGCCAAGCAAUUGCACCACUCUAAGGCAGGCAGAGCAUGCUGCAGCCGAGGUGGCUCUCACCAACCUCUCCACCAGAGGUCCUUCAAGGUCUCUGGCCGCUCGAGUCCUUGAUGAGACGGGGGUGUACAAGAACCUUCUCCAAGAGACUGCUCACAGGGCUGGCUUGAAGCUCCCUGUAUACACCACAGUGAGGUCUGGCCCUGGUCACCUCCCUGUCUUCACUUGCUCUGUGGAGCUUGCUGGUAUGAGCUUCACUGGUGAGCCAGCAAAGACUAAGAAGCAAGCUGAGAAGAAUGCUGCCAUGGCUGCUUGGUCUGCUCUUAAACAAAUGCCAGAUUUGGGCUCUUCCUCUCAGCAGGCCAAAGAGAAAGAGAGCAGUGAGGAGCAGGAAGAGGUGGUUGUGACAAGAGUUUUAUCUAAUUUAAGGCCUAAAGAGGAGAGCAAACCAAUGAGACACAGAAAUCAGCAGCAUCAGAGGAGCAGGCUGAUGUUAGUCUCUAGAGAAGGCACCUCUGCUGCUUCUUUCAAUUCUUUAGGAUUCCAGCACAAAUGGAAGUCUAUGGAUCCUCUAUGCCCUCAGCAACAGAGAUGUUUCCUAUCUCCCCCACCUUCCACUGGCCCCAAGAUUUUACCCCCAAUGCCCUUACUGCAGCACUCAUCCACCACUUCUCAAGAGCCAGCUUUCUCCAAGGACAAGAGCAACAGUCUUCCUCCCUACCCAUCAAACAGACCAUUGCCUCCACCUCAAUUGGAGGAGAAGAAACAAAAGGAUGAGGAGGAGCAGAUCAAUGGGAAUUCACUUGCAAAGCCAACUCCAUCAUAUACUCCUAUGCCGGCCUAUCGCCGAGCUUUUCCUAUGUCGAACACUUCGGUCGCCAACCGAAUGGUGGAUCAAAGAAUUCAGCAAACCCAGAUGAGCAGUAGGCCAUUUGGCUCCUCUGCUUCAACCGGAACUGCUCCUGCGAGAAGUCUACACCGAAUUCCAAUUCCGGCAAUCUUUUCCGGUGGUGGAUACCAUGCACCUGGUGUUGCUCCUGCUGUGCAUAUAAGAUCAGUGAUUCCGGUCUGCGCUGCCCCGCCGAUGAGGCCAGCGGUUAACACCACUGCAGUCCAGAAGAAAGAAGGAGAGAUCUCAGCAGCCACCUCAAAGCUCAACAGGCUCCACUUGUGAGGAUGGAAUGAAUUGCUCGAGUGAUUUUAUAGACUUCUAUUCUAAAGACAUCUUCAUGAUGUCCUGCAGGUUUCGACUUUAUGGGGGGGGGGGGGGGGGGGGGGGGGUUUGUUCUUGAGAACUCUCUCUUGCUUUUUGCUUAUUUGAAUUCAUGGAUUUUGGCUCAUGGUUUUCUGCUGAUGGUGGUUCCUGGGGUGGAAUUUCGUCACAUCUAGCUAUGUAACUGAUCGACUUGUACUCUAUAUUCUCUAUGUUUUCAAUGAUAAUUUUACUGCUGACUAGAUUUACAGAGAAAAAGCAUCAAACAGACACCAAUUCAGCACAUCAAAUCAUACGAGUUUUUGUUCCGUCUCUUGGUUUUUUUAUUUUUGGUUCUUUGAUACCUUUCUUUUAGGUAAUGGCUUCUUAAGAGCCUACGUGGGCAGUCAGUUUUGGCAAUUGAAAUGAAACCAAAACUUCAUGAAUCUAGUUUUGAGCUGUCUUGGGUUGCUCAGGUACCUGUCUUUUAGCGGAUUUAAUCACAUUUCUUUAACAAGUGUUAAUUUAAAUGCACUCUGCCCAAUUUUAAAACUUCUCUAAUGAGAAAUAGAUGCAGUUGAGUAGAGCAUCAGAAACCAUUUGAUUUCAAAUCAGAGGCAACAAAGUUUUUUGAAUCUUGCUUCAUCUUUUCUGAUUAAACUCUGAAUGUUUUCUGCAGGCUAAUUGUCAAGAAAACUAGCAAACCCUCCUUGUAACUAGCGUAUUGAUUUUUCAUCCAAAGUUUAAUCCAUCUGGUCCUUAGCUUAAGACCGCAUUUCAACUUUUACAUGACUGUUGAGGUGUCUCGAGGGAACUCUGUUGCGGUGGGAUAUGUCCAACUCUUCCGCCAUUUUUUUUCCGCCAUUCCCUGUAAAAUUACUACUGCAGAAUAAACGAGAAAAGCGAGCACCACAUAAUUCUAAGGAUAUCAAUGAGCAGCACACACAUUUAUUAGCAUCUCAGAAGGAUGCAAGAGAGAGAUGAAGGGGGAAGAGGGGGAGAGAGAGAGAGAGAGAGAGAGCUGUGGAGGGCAGAUGGCAGGCAUUGAAUGCAAUAAGUAAAUGGAAAAAAAGCAAAAGAAAAAAUGUUGUGAUAAAAAGCUAGCUUUUAAGUGUGUGGUCAGUCAUUUAGUGGACUCUGUCUUCCCCAUUAAUGCCUGUUGGUGGAGAGAGGGAGAGGGGGAAGGGAAGGGAAGGGGGGAGAGAGUUCCUGCCUGCCAUGAAUGCCGGCUCCAACUUCCCAACUCCUUCAGCUUUCUUUACUCUGUUGUUUGAGGGCCUGUAUGCCACUGCUUUGGAUUUUAGGCUUUUCCUUCCUAGGGGACCGUGUUCAGUGUCAUUUGCUCAAGGAUAGGA